UGCCGUCAUCGUACAGCUCUUCACAUUAAAUUCACAAUCUCACUGUACUACUCACCAUUGAUAUCCCCCUCCCCUCCCUUCCCUUCCCUUCCCUUCCCUUCCCUUCAACCUUCAUCUCUUUCUUGUCGUUCUGAUCUGUGUGCGUAGCUAAUUGAAUGGGGCAUCAUAGUUGCUGCAAUAAACAGAAAGUAAAGAGGGGGUUAUGGUCUCCUGAGGAAGAUGAGAAGCUCAUCAACUACAUUACUACCUAUGGCCAUGGCUGUUGGAGUUCAGUUCCAAGACUUGCUGGGCUGCAAAGAUGUGGGAAGAGUUGCAGACUGAGAUGGAUAAACUAUCUGAGGCCGGAUCUGAAGAGAGGGAGUUUCUCCCACAAUGAAGCAAAUUUGAUCAUUGAGCUUCACAGACUUCUAGGAAACAGGUGGGCACAGAUAGCCAAGCACCUCCCAGGGAGAACAGACAAUGAAGUCAAGAAUUUUUGGAACUCGAGCAUCAAGAAAAAACUGGUUUCUUCUCAUCAUCAUCAUCAUCAUCAUCAGAACCUGCAGACUGAUCAUCACCUCACUGCUGCUAGUACAUUAAUAUCUCCAAAUCUUGCAAACUCCAGUGGCAGCAGUUCUGAGAGUCUCUACUUGCUGAGUUCAGACAACAAUAGUCUGAUAAUCCCAAAUCCUCAAAUGGAUCAAAUCUGCAUCCCAACCCCACAAAUCACAGCCCUGCAAGGGUUUGAUCCUAUUGAAUCAAGAGUACUUGAUGAUCAGGUGAUGAGUAAUUUCCAUGCAAAUUCA